UUACAUAUGUCUAAUAUGUAAACAUAUAGAUGCCUCAUCCAGUACAGCUGGUAGCAACCUUUCCAGCACUGAAAUUUUUCAGGACAGGUCAGACUUGUAUUGCCUAGGGCCAAAGGCAUAUGGUGUUCCUAAGGGCCUCUCCAUAAGAUUUUAGGAUAUGGGAAAGAUUAUAUGGAAGGAGGCAAUCAUUUAGACAGCCUGAACACAAGUCAUUUGGUUAUCUAAAUAUAUUUAUUUGGGUUUUACUUGAAAGUAUUGUUACAUGAUUGCCGUCAUUUAAGAUGGGAUCCCUAGCAAAUACUGGUGACGCCAUUUUCACACUGGUUCCUGGAGAGUCCAUCACAAGAGUGUGAUGAGCACUGAAGACCUCAUGUUUGGUUCAGGAUCCGUGAUCCUCCACAGCUCCUCUGACAGAAAUGCCAGGCUCUGGACCCCAGAAGGAAAAUUGGUGCAGGGCCCUGCCCAUCCAAAGAGAUGGAGCCUGAAAAAACCAUCAAUAUAUGCCCAUUCCAGAAGCCCAUGGAGUCACAUCCGAGGCGAGAGAAAAGAGAAUAAAAAGAAAAGGGCUUUUGCCACGCUGCCGAUCCUUGAGGAGGGACAACUCUUCAGUGUAAAUGAACCUCUCAAAAGUACAGAGCAAGAGACCCUUGAGCCAGCACAGCAUGGGAGCAGCAGCGGGGAUCCGGUGAAGGAUAGCAAGCUGGAGGCCAAGGGGCAGCAGGAGCCAGAGCCUCAGCUACCCAGAAUUGACCGUCCUCGACAAACGUCUCCCAAUCAGGCUCCUUCAGAGGACACGGCGCAAAGCCGGCUGAAAACACCCCCGCUAAGCAGCAUCCUAGGGCAAAGGAAGCACGAGAGCUUUUUCAAACACAAUCUGGAAGAAGAAUUCCUGCAAAGAAUAGCGAGGAGGACAGUCCGCCGGCAUCUGUUUGGAGAAAUCAAUCCCCACAAAGUCAACCGGUUCGGGGCAGGCUGUUCACCUUUCCAUGCACUGGCAACUACGGAGAUGGAGACUUUCACCUUGCCCAGCAACUUACCUAUGACUGCACGGAUGGUGAGCAAGGGAAUCGUUUGCACCUCAGAGUCUGACUUAAAGUCCAUGCAGCUGACAUUCCCAGAGCUGGAUGAAGUGUCUGCAGAAGAGCCCAAGGCAAGUGACAGGAAGAAACCACCGGAUCAAACCAUAAAGCCUAAGCUGCCCCCCUUGGUUAAAGCUUCAAGAUCUCGCCUCUCUGAAAACAAGAAGACUUCAGGUUGCCGUCUUCCCUCGGUUCCUGCUGUAAUUGCAUCUGCAUCGCUAAAGUGGGGAAAGUUUUAAUAACUUCUUAAGGCUGCUGACAUGGAUUCCAUCAAAGCAUGCCCUAGUAUUCUGGUCUUGGUAUCUGGUACAGACCACAAAUGUUCAGACACUCUGAAGCCAAGCACUUCUUUGGUACAUGAACAUUGCAGGGAAAGAAUAUUUGUAUAUAUUGAAUCACCAGUGGAGGGGGAGAAAUCUAAAUGUUCCAUUAAAGAAAGUACCAUGGGCCUCUUCGGUGGGCAAAACUGAAACCAUUUUAAUCUGUUGCAUGAGCCACCAGGGUAAAGCAAGGAUGUUUCUCUAAGGGUGCAAAGUACACCUUUUAGUCUGAAUUUGGCACUUGUGAAUGUUGUCCAGGAGGGAUACAAAACUGAAGAGUGUAUUGUGGGGGUUGAGGAUAUAAAUGCUAACUAAUAUGUUUUAUUUUUGAAUUACAGACUUGGGA